AGCACUUGAAAUGCCACUACGUUGUAUAACGUACCUCUUGAAUACAAUCCUUCCUAACUUGUGAGCCCAUGCGGGCAUGGAACGCGGCUCCUCCUGAAUCACACAACGCUGCAAGGAAGCUCUAAACGUACAGUUCAGUAGUCAAAUAAAUGAACGCAUCUAAAUCAUCUGAGCUGCUGCAAAGGCAGCAAAGUUCUACUAAGGCUCACGAAGCACAGCUGCUGGACGCCAGGAGACAAAGGAAGGAGACAGAUGAGCAGUUACAGGUACUUAAAUUAACACUUUACUAUGAAGCCCUGCUAACUCUGCGCAGUUGUUGGUUCGCUCGGUGACGCAUUUGGGCACAUGGGGAUGUAUCGCUGGGCAAACCCUCCGCAGGCCAUGAUGAAUAGGAUAGCGUUCUUAGCGCAAGAAGAGUUGCGGCUUGACCGUGACAUCGAAGCAGCACGGCGACGUGCAGCAGAGGCGCUUGCACGACAAGCGACCAAGGACCAGGACAUUGCAGCCACAGCCAAGGAGGUCCUCGCGACGAUGCCGCCUCCUCCGCCACCUAAGCUCAGACCACACACGGGUAAGACCUUCCCACAACCAGCCUUGGCCCCAAGCAAGCCACUAACCACAGCUCGCCCAGCCGGCUUCUGGAUGCAUUAUAACCAGCACUUCCCGUCUGCGCCGGCCUACCUCCCUCCCCUCGCCUUUGUUCUCCCCUCCAGAUCACUCCUAUUGGUCUUGUCCUUUCCCUCCUUUCCACUCCUACCUCACCCUUCCUUCACAGGCCGCUCUAGCAUCAUGGCUUCCCUCUCGGAGACCGCCUCCACCGCCUCUCCCUCCGGCCCUCCCAGCCUCCGCACCUCAACCACCUCCCUCGCCUCCCGCCGCAGCCUGGAGGGCAGCGCCAACCCCCACCCUCUCCCGCACCCCCAAGCGCUGCACCCAGGCGCACCCUCCGCCUCACCCGUACCUUCCCUUUCCCCCAGCGGCAGCGGAGUGAGCCUGGGGGGCAGCAGCAGCAACAGCAGCGUCGGCGGGCUGGGCUCACCCCUGCCGCCGCCGCCGCCCCAGCCGCCGGGUCGAGUGCUGAGUGCGAGUCGCUGUCGGCCGCCUCCGCCCGUGCCGACCGGCCGCGCGGCGGACCGGGCAAGCAAGCUGCCGCCUGUGUCCCCCCUGGUCCCCGGCGGCUCCACCCGGCUACGAUCGGCCUCCCCCAGAGGCCCACCCCGCAGCGGGAGCGGGGCACCGCUACCCGGCAGCAGCAGCGGCAGCAGCAGCGGCGGCUCCAGCUCCUCCACACGCCCGGGAUCCACCUCCCGACCCAAGCCACCCACCGCCUCAGCAGCAGCCCUCACUCAGGAGUCUCCACCGGGGUCCGCUGCAUCCGGCUCCGCUACCUCCUCGCGCCGUACAUCGUACGACGCGAAUCUCUCGGGGGGCUGUGGUGCUGCUCCGCAACCGCCUGGGUCGCUGUCAUCACAUGCUUCGCCGCAUUCAACCUCGUCGCCAUCGUACACCUCGCAGCCUGCGACAGCUACCCUGUCACGCACAACUUCCAACUCAACUCAAGCGGGGGAAACGUGUUCACCACCAUCAAAGGCACAACACUGCCAGCAUCCACACCAGCGACCCUCAGUGACCCAUGGGUCAUCAUCUCCACCGCCACCAGCCAACCCCGAGCAGCCCUCGCUCCACCUCGCCGGCAGCUCCUCCGCGCACCCUCACAUGGGACUCAUGCAGCACCUCUCGGGCCCCUCAUCCGCAUCACCAGCAGCAGCAUCAGGGCUCGAAUCCAGUCACGGCGGGAAGCUUGGAUCCUCCUCCUCGGCAGCUGGGCCCAAUGCCAUGACACUCAUCCAUGCAGGGGGUGCGCAUGGCGCGGAGUGGGACGGGGAUGUGCUGGAGGAGCUGGCUCACGGGGCCGGCAGUGGUGCGGGCGGGGGCGGGGGCGGGGGCCCCUCGGGUCUGCAGGAGUUUGCGACGGAGAGCACUCGGCGGGUGGUGCAGGUUAAGACCAGCCGCAAGUCGGAAGCCACCGUAUCAGCCGCCGGCGUGGGCUGGGGCAUGGGCGGCGGCCGCAGUGGCGGCGGCAGCGGCGGCAGCUCUGUCAUCCCUGCCGGCGAGGCACGGCAGCUUCAAGCGGAGAUGGCUAAGAAGCAGCAGAUCUGGAAGGUUCGCAAGACGUUUGGGCUGGAGCCCACACCCAUGUCGGAUCGCACGGCGCAGGUCGAGGAGGUUGGCGCGGGCGCAUGGCAGUGAUGAUGAUGGUGAUGGUGAUGCAUGUUGGCGCAUGGGGGAGAGAUGGAGAGGAACGAUACGUUGAAUGAUAGUGGCGGCAUGGCGCAUGGGGAUGAGAGCAUGGAUUGGGCACUGUGGAUGUGCUCGAGCAGGUUGAUGGUAUACCGGUAGGUAGCUUGGUACGUGUUUGAAACUGAUGGUGCACUUUGGGUUAAGGUUUGAG